AGAGAGAGAGAGAGAGAGAGAGAGAGAGAGAGAGAGAGAGAGACAUACAGCUUGACAUAGAUUGGCUCGUUGAAUCGAUCUGUGAGAGACUGAGGAAAAGACAGAGUUUUGUUUACAUGUUGCUGAGAAGGAAGACAUGCUGUGUAGAGAUAAGGAGGGAAUGAGAGAGUGACAGAGGAAGAGUACAGAGAGAGAGCGACACACAGACACACAGAGACAGACACACACAGAAAAACAGACAGGCACACGCACACACACAGAGAGACAGACAGACGCACACAUACAGGUGCACGCUGAGGGACAGUCAGAUGGACGGACACACGGACAGCCCCAGGCUUCGCUCCAGGAUCCCGCGGCCUUUGACCUGCGCGGCAGGCUUGUCAGAGAGGAGCCGAGGUCGCGACUCCCUGGCCACGCCCCCUCCGGUGUCUCCAAGGCGACGGGCUCGCUCUGCCCCCGCCCACUACCAGAAGGAGCCAAUCAGGCGCUGGCACAGCCCGGACACCAGGAAGAGAGUGCGCUUCGCUGAUUGGCUGGGGCUGGAGCUGACAUCAGUCAUCCACUACAGCCAACAGUCACAUGACCCAGACAGUGACAGUGAAAAGGAAGGCUCUGAUUGGCCAUCGGGGGACACACCCACUGCCAGCAAAGAACCAAUGAGAUGGCCUUCUCAGCAUCUUCCCUCCCAGUCCUGCUUUGCCGAACCUCAGUUUUCCGACCCGGUCUCUCGCCCGGAAUUCCAUUCCCUGGUUCGGGAGCGGCGGAUUUGUCUGGAAUCGGUGCGGGUGGAAAGCCUCUGUGUUUCCGGCCUGGCUCGCGUUAUGAACCUGGCUUUCCAGAAGGAGGUCACGGUCCGAUAUUCCUCAGACAACUGGUCCACCUGCUCUGAAAUCCAGGCUUCCUAUCUCCCGCCGAGCCGGGAUAGCUUCGGGUUCGGGAUUGGGGAUUCUGUGGGGAUGGACCGUUUCCACUUUCGGCUUCCCCUGCCCCCCCGGGAUCCCCCCUAUCUCACAACGGGACGCCCCGAGCAGCUCCCCAGCCUGGAGUUUGCUCUGUGUUACAGAGUCCUGGGGCAGGAAUACUGGGACAGCAAUGAAGGGGUUAACUACGCAGUGCGCUGGCGGACCACGCUGCUGCCCUCUGACUCCAUGCUGAGAGAUGAAAACAGCGCCUGGAUUCAUUUUAUAUAGCUCAAAAAAAAAACCCUGCCUGCCCCUUACUUCCAUUGACUGUCAGAUGUGUAAUUCUGAGAGGGAAACGCCAGGCCACCUGGGUACUAUAUCGAGUUCUCCGUUUGCUUGUCUUGCCUUCGCAGGAAGUCUUUUGCCACUGCUUCGCUUCCUGGACCAGUAGCAGUGCUUGAAAUGGGCCGGUCCUCGUCGGUACCGAGUCUCGCCACUUCUCAAUUUCAAAUAUUUAAGCAGCACUGUCUGCCCCUUUCCUUUCCAAAUUCUCAGCUGCAUUUAUGUGACUUUCUAAUUGUUACUUUGUUGUCCCAGCAACGGCUGCCAGAUUUACGUCAAGGCAGAGCAUAGACUGCAACUCCCAGAGUGCAUUGCAAAACAACUGCAACUCCCAGAGUGCAUUGCAAAACAACUGCAGUUCC